UAAAUAAUGAUUUGAAUACUCUGGAGUGAAUAAAAUUCUAUCAAAUUAGGAUUCGAAUAUUGUUUGAAGUUGGAGUUUCAUUUCUGGCGUAUUGAAAAGUAUAAUUGAAGAAAAUUCAAUUCCAUUCUUCUCGUCUCUUAAAUUCACUUUUCCAAUCCUUCUCCUCUUCUUAACUUAUCUUAUAUCAGAAAGGAUCGUUUCUGCAUGAGCACAGAAAUGGGUUCUCAAAUAAAGAGGGAUAUUUUCAUCCAUGUUUUCUUGUAUUCUUUGCUAAGAUCUCUAAUGGUAGGUAAUGGUGUUGAAAGCGACAUCUCCUGCUUAAUAUCCAUUAAGGAUUCCUUAGAAGAUCCUUUCAAUUACUUAUCAAGCUGGAACUUCGACAACAGAACCGAAGGUUUCAUAUGCAGUUUUGUGGGCGUUUUAUGCUGGCAUCCGGAUGAGAAUAAAGUGUUGGGUAUCUCGCUGGAAAAUAUGGGGUUGAAGGGUGAGUUUCCACUGGGAAUUAGGAAUUGCUCGUCAUUAACAGCCUUAAGCCUUUCAAAUAAUCACCUAACAGGACCCAUCCCCUCGGAUAUAUCCACCUUAAUCCCUUAUGCUACCUCCUUAGAUCUCUCAUAUAACAAAUUUAAUGGGAGUAUUCCACCUACUUUGGCUAACUGCACUUACCUCAAUUCUCUUAGGCUUGAUCACAACAAGUUAAGUGGUCACAUCCCUCAAGAACUUGGUCAGCUUCCCCUGAUCAAAUCAGCUUCUUUUGCCAACAAUCAUCUAUCAGGGUCGGUGCCUUUGUUCUUUCAAGACAUAUCUUCUGUUGAUUACGCAAAUAAUGGAGAGCUUUGUGGUGGGCCUUUGCCACCGUGUUCAUUGGACAGCUCACAUGAUUUCCCUCAAUCGUUCAAGCGGGGUCUUGCCACAGGCUAUGCUUUUUCAGUGACUUCUGUUAUUGUCAUUUACAUGUCCUACUGUGCACCUUGGGAACAAUCACACCAUCAAAGGAACAAGCACCGGAAGAAGGCUAAAGAAUUAGGAACAAUUUUUUGGUCCAUUGCUGGGAGAAAGACACGUACUCAAGCUCCUGCCGAACACGAAUUGCAACCUCUGCAGUUGCAGGAGAAAGUCGUCAAAGAGAUUUCUGUAGUGACAGAGAGAAUGAAGUCUACGAUGAGGUUCAACGAAGUGAGAGAUGCAACAGAUUGCUUUUCCAUAGACAAGGCCAUUGGGAUGGGGAAAAUUGGAAUAAUGUACGAGGGAAGGCUACCCAAUGGUUGGAACCUUGCCAUUAAGAGACUAUUCGAUUCGAAACAAUACAAGAGAGAGUUUCUUUUGGAAAUAAGAAUUCUGGGAAAGUACAGACACAGAAAUAUAGUUCCCUUACUUGGGUUCUGCGUAGAAGGAAAAGAAAGGAUUUUGGUGUACCAGUUCAUGUCAAAUGGAAGGCUUUCAAAAUGGUUGCAUCCUUUAGAAGGUGAAGUUACAUUGAAAUGGCCUCAGAGGAUCAAAGUAGCAAUCGGGGUAGCAAGAGGCUUAUCCUGGAUCCACCACAUAUGCAACUUGCAUGUUGUGCAUCUCAAUAUAAGUUCGGAGUGUAUCUUGCUUGAUAAGAAUUUUGAACCAAGACUGUCCAACUUUGGAAAGGCCAAGUUUGUGAAUCCGAACAUUGAAGACGGUGCAAACACAAUGUUUUAUGUGAGUGAUGGGAAGAAGGACGUGUAUGACUUUGGUAGUUUGCUAUUUGAGCUAAUCACAGGGAAAACAUUGAAGGAGUUGUCGUGUUCAUUCAGUACUGCAACUAACCUAGCUGGAAAUCCUUCAAACUUUGUUAACGCAAUUGAUGAAUCUCUGAUGGGGGAAGGUUUGGAAAACGAUGUGUACACUCUCAUCAAAGUUGCAUGCAAGUGUGUUCGACCAUUCGCAGAUGAAAGGCCAACGAUGCUUGAAGUUUACGACACUAUGAAGGAUAUAUGGGGUGAAGGACAUUAAUAUAGUGAUGGUAGUAGAUAUUCGCGGAUACGGAUAGUACAAUACCGCACCCGAUCUGUUUAUAAGCAGGUAUUAAAACUCCGCUAUCCACAACUUGCGGGUAAUAAAUAUUCGCAGGUAUCAACUAUCCGUCGUAGAUUUUAUCUGAAGAUACCAACUAUCUGUCACAGAUUUUAUCCACGGAUAUCCGCGAGCACAUAUUUUUUUGCCAUUCCUAGGUCUGAGUUGCAUAGAGAAGCAUAGAAAGAGAAAAGAGUAAAAAACUUUUGAGCGUUGCUCCCUACACCUCACCUGUCUCACCCUGCACUUCUUAAUUCACAGUUUUGUUCUUCUUCAUUU